AUGACGGACACUACCGAGGUCAAAAAGGUCACUUCUGUUGACAAGGUGACUGUCGACCGCACAGUCACCAACUCGGACGCAACGCGCCUGGAACAACUUGGCAUAAACAGUCAGCUCGAGAGAUCAUUCUCUUUACCGUCUCUGAUCGGACUCUGCCUCUGUCUGAUGGCCACGUGGGAAGCGAGCACGGCAGUCCUGGCCCAGGCGUUGCUGAGCGGCGGCGCUCCUUGUCUCUUUUACAACUUCCUCCUCAGUUUCAUUUGCAGUCUUGCCAUAGGAGCCUCCCUAGCCGAGAUCGCGUCCAUUUAUCCAACCGCAGGAGGACAGUACCAUUGGGUCACGGCUUUGUUUCCUGCAUGGGGUAGAAAACACAUCGGUUGGGUCACGGGGUGGAUUUCGAUCGGCGGCCAGAUCGUCUUUACGGCGUCGGCAGCCAUGGCUAGCGGCCUAAUGAUCCAGGGGCUGAUCGUCCUUAACAAUGACGACUAUACUGGCACCAGAUGGCAAGGGAUGCUAUUAUACUGGGCCUUCUUGGCUUAUGCCACCGCGAUGAACAUAUGGGGUCAUCGAACUGCACUUCACGUGGUUGGCUUCGUGGCUGCGUUCAUUGUGCUCGCCGUCAUGGCAGAUAAAAACUCGGCACGUUCCGUCUUCGUCCAAGUCCAAAACUCAACCGGCUGGUCCAGUGACGGGGUGGCCUGGAUGGUGGGACUGCUCAGCACCGUUUACCCAUUCCUUGGAUAUGAUGCUGCCUGCCAUUUGGCUGAGGAGAUACCUCAUGCCGCUAGGAAUGUCCCUCUUGCAAUCAUGGGCAGCAUUAGCCUCAAUGGCUUGAUGGGCCUUGCGUUUGCCACCAUGAUUUUGUUUUCGACAGGACCGUUGGAAAGCAUUCUCACAACCCCGACGGGAUUUCCCUAUAUCCAGAUUUUCCUCCAUGUCACCAAGUCCCACGUCGCGGCAACGAUUCUGCCCUUGAUCGUCAUCGCUAUCGCCAUGGCUGCGACGGUUGCCGGCAUCACAUCAACGUCGCGGACGUUGAUGGCAUUUGCCCGGGACAGUGCUACCCCAUUCUCGGGAUUUCUGAGCAAGGUAGACCAACGUGAAGCAAUCCCGACACGAGCCAUCUGGACCAUCGUAGCCCUACAGAUGUUGUUGGGCUUCAUCUAUCUGGCCAGCUCAACAGCCUUCAAUGCCGUUCUCUCCAUGGCUAUUAUCGGCAUGUACCUAUCAUACCUCUUUCCCGUCGUCGCCAUGCUUCUCGGAGGCCGGAGCGGUCUUAAGGCUUCCGACUAUGGGCCUUUUCGACUUGGGAAAGGCCUUGGGAUCUUUCUGAACGUGCAAAAGACCUGUUUUGAACCAUCAACAGAUAUGCACAACCUCGGGAAAUAUUCGGCCUCGUUCGCCUUCUUCGAGGGUCUUUGGGAGGCUGGUGUUACCCAUGUCUUUGUCAACUUGGGUUCGGACCAUCCGGCCAUCAUGGAGGCUCUCGCACACGGAGCCCAUUUGAAGGGUGUCAAUUUCCCCAAGGUCAUCACUUGCCCUCAUGAGAUGGUCGCAAUGUCCAUGGCUGACGGAUUUGCCCGUGUGACAGGCAAACCUCAGUGCGUCCUAGUCCAUGUCGAUGUGGGAACACAGAUGCUCGGCUGCGCUAUGCACAAUGCAUCCGUUGCAAGAUGCCCGGUCCUGGUGUUUGCAGGCCUGUCUCCCUUCACCCUCGAAGGUGAAAUGAGAGGUUCCCGUACCGAGUAUAUCCAUUGGCUUCAAGACGCUCCUGACCAGAAACAGAUUGUUUCUCAGUUCUGUCGCUUCUCAGGCGAGUUCAAAUCUGGCAAAAACAUCAAGCAGGUGCUCAACCGAGCAUUGCAGUUUGCGACAAGCGAUCCCAAAGGCCCUGCAUAUCUCGUUGGUGCUCGAGAAGUGAUGGAGGAGGAUAUCACGCCAUACCAUCUGGAUCAAGAUGUGUGGAACGCCGUGGCCCCAGUUGGUCUUCCCCCUGACGCCCCGGAGCUCAUUGUCUCUCUCCUGGCCGAAGCGGAGAGCCCGCUUGUCAUUGUCGGCUAUACUGGCCGUAACCCGGCGACUGUUCCCGCACUGGUCAAGCUGGCUGAGUCCAUUCCUGGUGUUCAGGUCCUGGAUGGCCUUGGAAGUGACGUCUGCUUCCCAUGGAGUCAUCGCGCCUUUUUGGGAGUUGGAAUUGGACGUCACGAAUCCAUCAGGACUGCAGAUGUCAUCGUCGUGAUUGACUGCGACGUUCCAUGGAUUCCAACCCAGUGCAAGCCUCGUGCCGAUGCAAAGAUCAUUCACCUCGAUGUCGACCCCCUCAAGCAAAACAUGCCUCUGCAUUACAUACCUGCAUUCCGCAGAUAUCGUGUCGACUCAGAAACAGCUAUCAAGCAGCUGAACAACUACAUUUCGAUGCAUGCGCACUUCUCCAAACUGACUGAGCUCGAGCCGUAUAGAAAGCGUUGGGAUCUGUUGGCUGAGGCCCAUCGGCAACGCAUGGACAAGAUUGCAACCCUUGCGGAAGCACCUUCAGACGAAUCCUCGUCACCGAGUACCUCUUACUUGUGCGCUCAACUACGCAGAACGUGCCCCAAGGAUACAAUCUGGUGCGUCGAGGCAGUCACAAAUGCUCCUUUUAUAUAUGAGCAGCUGCAGGUUGACGACCCAGGCCAUCUCUUCAAUGGCGGCGGAGGCGGGCUCGGGUGGUCCGGGGGAGCGACACUGGGCGUUAAGCUCGCCUCAGACUGGGUUUCUGGCGGCACGGGCAAAGGCAAGUUCGUAACACUCAUUGUGGGCGACGGCACAUACAUGUUUGGAGUGCCAGGUACUGUAUACUGGAUCGCCAGAAGAUACGAGCUGCCUACUCUCACAAUUGUGCUUAGCAACAAAGGCUGGAACGCUCCGCGUAACUCAAUGUCCCUGGUGCAUCCUGACGGAUACGGGUCCAAGAUCUCGAACGAAGACCUCAACAUUUCCUUCUCCCCAACUCCCGAUUAUUCAGGUAUAGGAAAGGCAGCUUCUGGGGGCAAUGCCUGGGCUGGAGUCGUGUGCUCCAUCGAAGACUUGGGUCGUCUACUGCCGGAGGCUGUGGAAAGAGUCCAGAAUGGUGUUUCAGCACUCCUUGAGAUUAGGCUGAAGGGGUCCUGCUACAGCAGCAGCUUCGCGCCCGAAGGUUGGCAACCGACAGCGGUUGUCGCUGCGGGCCGGGAGACUGGCAAGUCUGAUAACCGGCGACACGGCUCAGCUGUAUCAUACAACAGAGAUGCACUCGUGGAGAUGCUAUCGAUUCUCCAGGAGCAGUUGGACACUCUGGCGUCCCAAGUGCGCCCGCCCACGCAGGUCCAGCUCGACUCACCAUCACCAACCUUGGCAGCUGAUUGUAGCGGUGAUGAGAACUUCAUUGCUACUCUCAUCAAUGACACCAGUGUCGGUCAGGAUAGCGCACACCCGGCCAAACAGCAGUCGCGUGGUUCAGCGCAGCACUUUUACGGACCGACAAGUCCAGACUACAGCUUGAACGUAGCCCAGUUGAAACUCCGUCGAAACAGCUUCCCGGGCGCCCCACUCAAGCAACGGCAAUUUCAGCUGGCCAGCAUCGAUGAAGAUACCUCGGAUGAGGACGAGGUUGCCGACACCCCCAGCCCUGCUAUGCCACCGCGGGUCCUUGACCGCGAGGCCCUCGGGCGUCUACUGCAGUUCCGCUCCUUUUUGGAUCUACAAGAAGCAAUUCGUCUUUUGCAUGUGUAUCAAGAGGUUGUAGGAGACCUUCAUCCGCUGAUUGACCUCAACGAGGUUACUUCCCUAGCACGGUCCUGUUAUGCAGACCCAGAGUCUGUGGUUUGGGAUGUCUCUGCUAGGAAAUCGGGAGCUGCCUCAGACGAGAAUCUUGUCAUUUUGAACCUGGCUUUGGCCAUAGCCCUCCGAGCCGACUCUAAUCCGGAAAGUUCUUCCGUCGAAACUCUUGUCCGAAACUGUUUUCAAGAUGCCGUCAAUGCAAAACUCGGCACAGCUCCCCAUAGCAUCAGGCAUGUCACCAUCGUCCUGCUUAAUGGCUUCUAUGAAUUCUUUCAAGAUAUGCCACGCUCCGCCUGGCGCAUGUGUGGAAUUGCUGGCCACAUGCUAAUGGAGCUGGGGUUUCACAAUGGUGAAGUCUCCAACCAUCUCUUGGAAUUGAACGCCCAGAGAGAAGAAGCUUGGAACUUGAUCAGCUGUAUCCUCAUUAUUGAUCGCCAAUGGAGCUCUGCAACUGGGCUCCCAACCCAUUUCAACAAUUCCAGCUUCAGCUCAAUUCCAAUGUCUUGCAUCAAGAACCCUCAUGUCAAGGCGAUGCGUGCCUUUAUCCUAAUCAGCGACAAAUUUAGUGAGCCUAUUGCGCAAGCUGCCAAGGGAGAAGGGUAUUGUGAUGAUGAAGCUUUCGAACUGAUGAGUUUCCAAAUCGAGCAGUGGAGGAAGAAGGCUGUUGGGGAGCACAUACUCUCUCAGUCUGACAAGUGGCAAACCGAACCGUCGACGAAGCCUCCCACAUGGUCAAUUCUUCUGAACCUCAGGGCUGAGUCUGUUCGUAGUUUGCUGCUCAAGCCGUUCUUCUUCUCAGAAUCUGAUCCUGGGAAAAUUACUAAACACAUCCGGCCUGCGACGGAACUAGUAUUCAAAGUUGUGAACGUUCUCUACACCCUCGAUACUACCACUGACAUAUACCGUAAACAACACCCCAACUAUCAACAUUUACUGGCGUCCGCGAUAGCACUUGCCUUUCUACUGUCUAUCUCCGGACCUCCUCGAUUCACUGAGUCGCAGUUUCGAAAUGGCGGUCACUUUGACGGAUAA